UGAUGGGAACAGAAUUUUCUAUGAUUGGACAACUUUUUCAUCACACAGCAAGAAUAGAAAUUAAGAAUAAAUUUAAACGUGAAGAGAAAACAAAUGGAUGGAGAAUAGGCAAAGAAUUCCAGGAAAAACGUCCUUUUGACUUCGAUUUUUUUGCUCAUGUGCUUCAGAAAGUUCUUGCUUAAGAAGAGAAAAGAAAACAAAAAUCUGUUAAAAAUCAGAGUUUGAAUGAAAAGUCCUCCAAACCACGGAAAAACGUAAAAGUGAAAAAAGUGACUAGCAAAAGAGUGAAUGAUGAUCCAGAUGAAUCUGUGAGUACUAAAAUUUCAGAUACAGAAAGAUCUCUGAAGGAUGCUCAGACAGUUGAAGAAGAGGAAUCUCUGAUUUCAUCAGGACAGGACUCAGAACAAGUGGUAUUAGAACAAGACCAAAAGCAAAAGAAAAGGAAAAGGAAGAAUCAAGAUGAGGCUAAUGAACAGGAAGUAGAAAACCUUUUAGGAAAUGUCACUGUUCACUCAAGUCCACCUGAAAGUGAAGCACACAAGAGUAACAGUGAGGUUUUAUGUCCUGAGGCAAGAGAAGAUGAACGCAAUGAACCACAGGUUUCCUGUCCAGAAAACAUAGAUGACAUUGUGGGGUUAGUGUCUAAUGAAAAAGUUGAGAAGAGAACUGAACCCAUCCUUUCAUCAAGUAGUCAACCAGAUACCAUGCCAAUAGCUCCUAAGUCUUCAGAAUCAAGCACUUCAGAUUUGCUCCCAUCAGAAGUUGUAGCAUUAUGUGAAGUGAAUAAAUCUGAGAAUAGUUGUACAGAAGAAAAACAUGAUGACUUAGAGAGAAAAUCCAUGGAAACUGAUCAAGCAAAAAAUGUUAAGCCAUUGUUGAGAGUUCGGCACCAGCGACCUAAACCUAAUCUGUCUAGGGAAAUUGGGAAGAAAUCAGGCAAAACAGAAGCUGAGAGCAAGAGUUCACAGUCAGACAAUUCAGUUGAAAAUGAUUCAAUGGAAAAGGAGAAGAUGAAUGUAAUUGAUAAUUCAGAAAUGGAGAGUAUAAGAAGAGAGGACUCAGAAGCUGACACUGUAUCUACUUUGAGUGAAAAAACUUGUCUACAGGUAGAUAAUCAGCCAAAGACUUGCAAACCUGUACGACUAAUGCGGGGUCGAUUGCAAUGGCCAAAGCCAAAUGUAGGGAAAGCUGCAGAAAGAAAAAUUAUUGCAUCACAGGAAAAAAUUGGGGUCAAUAUAGAGACGACUGGAAAUGAAUCCUGUGCUGAUAGAGAUAUUACUCAAACAACAGAUCAGACAUGUAAAAACUUCCAGUGUGAAGAUACCAUAUCAGAACCUGAGAAGAAUGAUACUCCUUUUCAAAAUGUGCAGCUAGAUGAGUCCAAAGGUCUUAAUAAAAAUCUAAGCAUUCAAGAAGAUAAUGAGACAAAUGUACUCAAACAAGUCUCAAUUCAAAGGACUCGAUUUCAGAAGCCAAAACCAAAUAUAGGAAGAAGGAAUGGAAAAAGAGAAAUCUCCUCAAAGGGAGGGGUGCCAGAGGUGGGUCUUGCCUCUCAAGAAUUAACACCAACUUUGAGAGAAACUGUAAAAGUAGAUAUAGAUACUUCACCUAUGGAGAAGGUACCAAAUGCACCUGCUAAUGCUAAGGAAUUGGACGCCGAUUUAAAAACAACUGGAAGAAGUGACAUCUCUCCCAAUGAGAGCAUGCCAGAAAUGACUAAUGUCACUGGCAAAAUGGAGACAGGUUUUAGUGGAAUUGAAAGAGAGAGUUCCCCAAAAGAGACAGGAGAAGUGAUUGAUACCACUUUGGAAACGGAGGCUAUUUUGAGAUCAGCUGGAAAAGAGGUUUCUUCAAAGGAGACAAUACCUGAGUUGGUUGACGCCACUGAGGAAAAUGACACAAAUUUGAAAGAAAGUGGAAGAGAAAUAGUUCCACAGGAAGAUGACCCUAAUGUAGACAAGACUGUGGCUGAGAUGGAGAUCUGUUUGAAAGAAAGUGGAAAAGAGAAGACACCAGAAAUGAUUGGCACUACUAACAAAAGAGAUUUAGAAGAAACAGGGAAGAGGAAGCUCUGCACUGCUAAAGGCCCAAGAGGAGGCCCAAACCACAGGUGA